AUGUCGCUGCUGCUCAGUGCGCGCAGGGAGCAAGGAGGAGACGGGAAACCCGAGCCGCCGGGCACCAUUGAAGUCUGUAUCCUUCUCUCUUUCUCUCGUUUCCAAUUUAACCUCGCUGUGAAUUGGGCAGCGCCCCAAAUCCCUUGCAGCUGGGCUCGUGUUUGGUGUAACUGCAAAGGUCCUGCCCCCCGCCCAACGCCGCCACCGCUGCCCGCCUUUAGCAGCCACCCCAGCUGAAGGGAAGUGGCGGCGCUGGGCGGGAGAAAAGGGAGCUGAGCCCCGGGAUCUCUAGUGGGUGCCUCUCCCCCGAGGUAGGAGGAAGGUUCUUGGGCCUCGCCGUGGUGCAACGCGAGGGGUGUGGGGAGGAGAGCGGUUAGACGCUGGGGGGCCGCCUGGGGAGACGCGGUAGCACCCAGCGUGGAGGCGGAGUGGGCGCGUUCAGCAGACAAAGCGAAGCCCCCCGCAUGGGGGGUGGUUUUUCCGCCGUCCGCCUGGCUUAGCCUUGGAGCGCAAUGGUCGUGCUUCGCGAGGGGGCAACGUGGCGCUGGGAAGGGGCCGUCGCUCUCUCUUCAGGGCGGCUGUGUGAAAUGGUGGCGGGCGGCUUUGGGCAACGCACAUGACUUGCCGGGUCCGGCUGUCGUGUGGCCACAGCUGUUCCCUCCCCCACAAGGGGAAAGGGGCGCAGGGCUUCCCCCUCUAUGUUGGGCUGCAGUUUGUCCCUACUCCGUGCAAAACCGCCAGAUUUGGCUCGCCUAGUCCCGUUAGGUCACCCAGGCCUUUUAUGUGCACCCACCACAAGCCUGUGGUGCAGCCUUACCCCUUCAUUUCUCUACCACGGGCCUUUGUUUCCCUCCCCUCAUUUCAAUGGAGACAAGAUGAGGUGCCCAGCAGCAGGGCCCAACCCUCACCCUCUGCCCGCCCCCCACCGGAUUUGGCUACGAUACCACCUCUCUGGCUGCCAGGAGAUGAGAAUUGGGCGGGAUUGCUGAGUCAAAGGCCUCUUCUGGCCUUUAAUAAAGUAAAAGCUCUGCAAGUCUGCAAUAAAAAUGGCCUCCAAUAAAACUACAUUGCACAAAAUGGGAAAGAAACAGAAUGGCAAAGGUAAAAAAGUUGAAGAAGCAGAGCCUGAAGAAUUUGUUGUGGAGAAAGUCCUGGACAGACGUGUAGUGAAUGGGAAGGUUGAAUACUUCUUGAAAUGGAAAGGAUUUACAGAUGCUGACAACACAUGGGAGCCUGAAGAAAACUUAGAUUGUCCAGAGUUAAUCGAAGCCUUUCUGAACUCCCAGAAAGCUGGUAAAGAAAAAACAGAUGGUGGUAAAAGAAAAUCUUUAUCAGAUAGUGAAUCUGAUGACAGUAAAUCAAAGAAAAAGAGGGAUUCUGUUGAUAAACCAAGGGGGUUUGCAAGAGGUCUUGAUCCUGAGCGGAUAAUUGGGGCCACAGAUAGCAGCGGAGAACUUAUGUUUCUCAUGAAAUGGAAAGACUCGGAUGAGGCAGACUUGGUGCUGGCCAAAGAAGCUAACAUGAAAUGUCCUCAGAUUGUAAUUGCUUUUUAUGAAGAGCGACUAACUUGGCAUUCGUGUCCGGAAGAUGAAGCACAAUAAUCAUUUGCAUUGCUUUUUUAUAUAUAUAUAUGAAUAUUAAAACCUGGAUUUGGAUUUUAUUCUUUUGAUUUAUUAGCAAUGUGAGAAACCUCUACAUUCUAAUGAGAAUUGAGUUUGAUAUGUUUGUUUUUUGAAGUAGUGUGUUUUGCAUCAACAGCAAGUAAAUAAAGGCUUUCUGCAACUUGCUUCAUUAAUGAAAGGACAGCAUUUGAUACUAUUUCCUCCAUAUUAGGUAAAGGCUUUUAUAAACCUUCAUGAUCCUCCAUAGUUAUUACUGAAUCAUAACAAAUGUUUAAACAAACUCACAGAUGUUUUAUAGUCUUCUAUGCUAUUGAUGUGCAUGUAUCUUCUUUACCCCAACCUAGCCCUGUAACAUGUAGAACCAUUCUUUUUAGUCUUUGAGGUAAUUUAGUCCCAAAGAGGCCAGGUAAAAACUAACUUUGUAGUAAUUUGAAUGUUAUCAUACUGUAUAUUGUUUACUUUAUUGUAAAUACUGGUGAACAGUGGUCAAUAAAAUAGUUUUAUAUUCUUC